AGUAACAAGAAGUUGAAAGACCAGAACAGCUACAUUGUGUACGCCACACACACACAACAUUACUGACAAAAUAUGGCGACACCAGGAACAGGAUCUCCUGCCACUCCGCCGAAAGAUGACUUUGUCAGAAGACGACUCCCUCACUUUGCAAGUACAAAACCAGAGGCAAACCCUACACCCAGGCCCAUCAAAGACUUGAACAAGUUCAACCAACACGACACUCUGUCACAAGGUUAUCUGAACGCGUCUCUGCUGUCAGCGAACGCCUCACAGCUUCAACUCGUGAUCCAGUCAGGGUUUCCUGAAACCAUGUUCUACGUACAGCUUGCGCUGCUGCUGAUCUCCAUCACUCUACAAGUGACACAGGGCAUACUGCUACUCCGCAAGUAUCAGAUAAACAUGGAGACAGCUAACGACAACGACGACAGUGACGACGAACAAGACAGCCAGCGGGCCCACAAAUACAACAACUGGGCGAUGGUGGUCGCUAUUGUCGUCAUGGCGGUCAACAUACUCAUCUCUACUUUUGGGGCCUCCUUAUUCACUGCUAGCAAGUCCAAGACUGCAUGAAACAUUAAAUAAAUAACCCGAACUAGCUGAGGUGUAAUACCACUUGUUAACGUUAGUUACCGAUUGAUUUUCAGUGAACAAGUUGACAUUAUAUAAUUAAGUCUCGUCUAUAGAACAAGUUGUUGAAAAAGAAUGACAGACGAUUAAAGUCUAAACUUUUCAGGCUACAGGCGAUCCUGGUUAUGAAUUGGGACCGCUAGAACUAAAACCUGUGCAGGCUGAUCUAUUCCAUGCUUUGCGGUUAGGAACGCCAAUGUUAACCUGCGGGUGCAGUAAUUAACGGUUACGAUAGGUGACUCUCUACACUACUUGUAAAUGAGUAGUUCAAGGGUAAAGGUCAACAAGCGUGACUUGAACAGUUCAAAAUCACAUGCAGCCGAAAUUUACGCGGCUCUAUCAACAACUCAGCGUUUUUGUAAGCUGUUGAGGUAAGUAGUGAGCAAAUUCACGAUUUGUGCCUCAAACAAGUUCUUAGCAAGUGUAACCUUUAGUUAUAACUUGAUGUCCUGCUCCCCAUUACCAACUAUGUAUGUACGAAGUGCUGCGGCGUGGCAUUAAGGGUGAAUACGUCUGUCCUAUAUAUAGACUAUAUCUUAGAUAUCUGGAUAACAAGUGAUUGGUACACCAAGCACGUUCAUGAUUUAGUUUAACCCUGUCAGGCUUGUGUACAUCAUUGAGCUGUGAAAAUGGACCUUGAACGUGUUGGAAAGGUAUUCCUGUAAUACUUUGUGGCGGUGUGUAAUGUUGUGAAAAUA